AUGAUCCAGCAACCCGAAGACAUCCUACGAGACCUAAUCAUAACAACGGACGGCCAAGCCGAGGAGCCGUAUUCCUAUCACAAUUGGGGCUAUACCAUCUACCGCACAUGCUACACGCCAGAAUCUCAAUCGCAAUGGGAAUCUCUCAUCGAAGCCAUUCAGCUAGGGGUCGAAAAAUCCCUCCCUGCGUCGCAAGACGAUGAGCCACCAACUACGUCUCAACUCCUACGCUCCCUCUUACGUCUAGACUUCCGCUCCGAUGCUUCCCUGUACGACGGUAUCACUAUCGACCAGCUUCGCCAGACCUAUCUCAAUCCACCAGAAAAUUCUGCACCCCCAUCACCGAACUUCUAUAGGAGCGAGCGUCUCUUCCUUGUCGCUGACGCGGAGGUUUUGAUGGAUCCUUACUUUCUGCCGGAAGAGAACGAGACAACAAAAGUACUUAUUGACAAUAACACAAGCGACGUUGCAACUUCCCAGACUGUACAGAAAUGGCAAUAUCAAUACCAUGGCUAUAGCAAAUCCUCCAGUACCAAGCGGCGAUGGCUCAAGUGUGUCGAGUUGGACUACGUUGCUGCGGAUCAUCACCCAAGGAGAAGAGGUCAGGGCCCACGGCCGUAUUUUGGCUGGUUUAUGAUGACGGCGGAGAGUUUGGUGGAGCUGUGGGAGGUGUUGCUUGAUCAGGAUGUCGAGGAGGUUAAACCCAGAUUGGUUGAUGUGAUGAUUUGGGGAGGAUAUUGA